CUGACAGAACAAGUGGAACUUUGAAAUAUCUGAAGAAUAAGUUUAUUUCUAAUCAAGUCAACUAGAUGGACAAUUUUGAUGAUUUGUGCUAAUUAAUUGGACUUCAGAGCAAUUAAAGUGCAAUUAGUGAUCAGUUUUAGACUGAAAACAAUUAGACUACUGAUUGAAAAACUUUGCAGAAACUUGGAAAGCUGAAAUUUCUCAGCUGAAUAGACACAUUUCAAUUCAUAUUGAUUGAGGACUUGAGAAAGAUUUGCAGUUAGAAAAUGGAUGGGCCGACAAGUAUUUCAUCUUCGCAGCAUCACAGUCCAAGACCAUCACCCCCACUUCAUCAGGUUGCUCCGCAGACCCAACAGAUCUCCCCACCCAUGGGGUUAGGGGCGCUACAUCACAGUCCCAUUCCUGCCCAUGGAAUGCCACAUACAGCUGCAAUAUACCCGAUCACACACAAACUUGACAAACCAGCCUACAGCACACCUCCGCCAGUUACAAGUAACCCAGAGAACAAUACAUGUAAAAUGAUUGAAUACAGAGGUGCAAAAAUCGCAGCGUUCACUGUAGAUGGGCGAGAACUUAUCUGUCUCCCACAGGCAUUCGAUUUGUUCCUGAAGCACCUAGUUGGUGGUUUACAUACUGUAUAUACAAAACUUAAAAGACUUGAUAUAACACCGAUUGUAUGUAAUGUAGAGCAGGUACGCAUUCUUCGCGGAUUGGGUGCAAUUCAGCCAGGCGUAAACAGAUGCAAACUUAUCUCUCCAAAAGAGUUUGAUAUUCUUUACGAUGACUGCACUAACUCAAGUGCACGUCCAGGCCGGCCCCCAAAGAGAAGCCCCUCUGUCCAUGCCAAUCCCGAAACACUGGAAAAGUUGAAGAAGAGUCGUCUUGACCUUGGGGACUAUCACUAUCCCCCUAUGAUAGAUCCGAAAAAAGCGCCACUUUUGGCAAAUGGGUUCUCUCACUAUCUGCCACAUCUAGGGGCUGUACCUUUUAUGCCACUCAACCAUCCAAUGAUGUCAACAGCUGUUUCUAUGGCAAUGGCCAAUCAUCUGCGAGGGGAGGCACAACCAGUGAUGCGAGAACGAAGUGAAUCUGAUUCAGAUCUAAUGUCCCCAAGAUCUAUACAGGAGAGGAUGGAACAUGCAGAUCACCAUAGAGACGGCCACCACAACCAUCAUCCCCAUGACGAUAAACUAUCGCCACACUACCCCCACCUUAUACAGCACCGCAGCUAUGACAGACGUGUCAGCACCACUGAUAAGGAAUCUGGUAUUGGAACACCGAGUGAUGCACCCAGUGGAAUGGAUUUGUCGACAAAGAGUGCAUUGCAUUCUGGGAAUUCAGAUGACGCAGAUGAAGAUACUGAUGAUGAAGAAGCAAUGAACACAGCAGUCAAGCAGCCAAUCAGACAUUCAUCUGGAACAGAUCUCAGCGAAAAACCAAGCCCACCAGCCAUCCCCAAUUUCUCCGCCAUCUUGAAUGCUGAGAACUCUGGGAUAUCAUCCAUCGAGACAUUGUUAUUGAAUAUUCAGGGGCUUCUUAAAGUUGCUGCCGAAAAUGCACGUCACCAUGAACGCCAGAUCAAUUAUGAGAAAGCUGAACUAAAGAUGGAGCUGAUGAGAGAACGUGAACUGAGGGAAAACUUUGAGAAGCAACUCCAAGAGGAACAGCGAAACAGAGUUGUCAUUCAGAAGAGAUACAGGAAAGAAAAGAAAACAAGACGACGUCUGCAGGAAGAGAUUGAAUCUGUUGAACAAAAGCGCCCUCUAUCUGCAGAAGAUUUACGUAAAUCACCUCAAUCUGACAACUCACGAGUACAAGAUGGCACAUCCUCCUCUGAUCAGGACAGUGGGCCAGAAUACAACAGCGUAUCAAGGGCAAUAUCAGAGAAUAAACUAGCAGGUACAUAUGUUGGCCCACGUAUGGGUGUAAUCAGUAUGGUGGAUAGCUACAUGGCCCAACAAAAACUGAACAACUACUUACACCCUCCUUCCCACAAAACAGAGGGCAUCUCUAACUGAGGGCUUCUCACACUCACUCUCUGAGGGCAUCUCAAAUUGAAGAUUCAGAAAUACAGGGGAACCAAAAACAUUAAUUCAUGAAUGGUCCCUAAUGCAGACUGAGCAGAUAUUAAAUUACAGAAAAGCCAAAAGUUGACAUUGCUUUUUUCAAAAGCAGUUUUUGAAAUACAGAAGAACCAGAAAUGCCCCUCGCCUAAAAUCAAAAGCAAUAGUGUAAUUGUUGAUAAGGCGAGAGAAUAAGGCUGAAAAACAGCUAUGAAAAUACAGGUGGUUCAAAAACUAAGAUAAAGCAUCCUGCUAAUUAAGAAAAUACAGUGAACAAUAGAUGUUAGUCCCCUAUGAACUAGAUACAGUGAAUAAUGUGGACAGUAUGAAACAUGGCCAGAGUCUAUAAUAUAUAGAUAUAAAAAUGUUGUUGUUGUAUUUUCACAACAAACAUUAUCUGUAACUGUAAAACACUGUAAAGCAUCAUAAUGUGUAUAAUAUUUGUCUUUCUGAAUAUCAAAUGACUCCAAUAGACUCAUGUCCCUAAACUGAUUCAGUGUCGCUGAACUGAUCUUGGAACAAGGAAACUGAUUUCUUAAAAAUAUUGUGUAUUGGGAUGAAAUUCAAUUAUCUCAUGAUAUUGCAAUAUAUGUUCUAUACCACUGAAUUUAACCUCCUGAAAUUCACAAUAUUAUCAAGAAAUAGGGUCUAGGAUAAAUUGACCAUGUUUUUAUCAGCUCAGUUUCCCUAGGCCUAACACUUGUAUGUAUUAUAGUGUUAAGUGCAAGACAUAUAGCCUAGCUGGGUUGAUGAUACAUUAUUAGCGACUUUAGCUAUUUCUCCAUUGUUAUUUGUUAAUGUGUUUACAUGUAAAUGGUGAUUCUUGUUCCACUGCCAUAUUUAAUUAAUUGUGGAUUGUAUAUAGCCCUGUAGGCCUGUAUAUAUCUAUAUAAAUGUCAAGGAUUGUUACAUAUUGCAAGAAAACAAAUUGUUCAGAGUACAGGGUGUUCACAUAUAUGGAAAUGGUCCUGGAGGUUAUGUUUAUUCCAUGAUUUAGAAGGCAUGUAGUCUACACUUAAACUUACUAAAAUAUCAGAAGUUGAGACAGUUCGUUCGUUUAGUUUAGAGAGAAAGGAUUGAAAGCAGAGAAGAAUUAAGAUGAUCAUCUGUGACCAUUAUGACACCUUGUAAGAUGUACAAUACUAUAUUUUAUCCCCCCCCCCAUGUUAAAACACUAUUCCUCUAUCAUAUUCACCCUCAAGAUAAAUCUUAUAUCUAAACUUCACUUGUUCUAUGUUACAUUUUACAUAUUAUAUUAGUGUUAUUGUUUAUUUGUCUCAAAAUUAAGGCCAUAUGAACAUCAAAAGCAAAUUUCAGUUAGGUGAUAUGUCUCUUGGCAUAUUUUCUAGUUGCUGUCUUUAUAUAAUAUUAUACUUCUAUUUCAAUGUGAGAAUUUCUCACUUGAUUGUACUGCAUUUAGUGUCCAUUUAUAGAGGUAUCUUCAUUCAUACCUUUUGAUCAAUUUGAAAAAUGAUCCAGAAGCCAAAUUUUCAAAAGAAUCUAACUUGAUGGCAUGUUUAUAACGGUCUCUUGCAUCAAUGUCAUGAUUUUAUGCACACAGCUCUUUAUUUAGUAUGAAUAAUUUAUCAAUCCAUGACAUUAGAAUCAUAGAUGUUGGGCCAAUAGGUGGCAUAGUAAUCAGAUAUAGUAAACAAACUGAUCAUUGCGCCACCUAGUCUCACCAUUUAUGCUUAGAAUCUCAAUGAGAAUUCAGCAUAAAUAUCAGCAUAAUAGAAGUAUAUACAUGUCAUGGGAUAAUAUUUUGUAGACUUAUGAUAUAAAAGAGUUGUGCAUUGGGAUAUUUUGGACAGAGGGUUUAUCCUGAGGUUAAUUGGUGUUUCGCCCAAGAGACAGAGUGAGAUACACAUAUUUCCCAAGGGAUGAACCCUCUAUCCAAAACAAACUAUGCAUAGCAAAUGUAACCCAUGUCUACUGUGGUUUUAGUUUAGGGACAUUAUACCAGGUUCCAAAAUAUUAAAAAAGAUAAAUUAAUGUCAGUUUUGAAACUUUAAAUACAAAAUUAUUCAGAACCUAGAACCUUAGUAGGUAUGGGAUGUUGAAUUUUAAAUUAUUAUCAAUUAUGACUGGAGAAUUCAUAGAAAUGUUGUGACAAAAAUCGAGACUGGAAAAAGUUUCAUCCAAAUCACAUUUUAUAGAAUUUUAGAGUGACUGACAUUGUCUUAUCAGUCAUGUUUUUUUCUAAUUCAUUGUUUUUCACAUUGUUGGCAUAUUGCAUCUUAUGUAAAUUAAGCUACUGUGUUAUUAAUUGUACAGUUAUUGUAUGUAUUAUGCUAAUUACAAUAUCGUUUUGUAUCAUAAA